AUGAUGUCUCGCAAUCAUGAAGUCAUGCUCAUGCAUGCACAUUGUCCUUUCCGCAUUUUUUACUUUAAUUUCCCCCAACCCAACUUCAUGCCCAUACUAAUCCUCUUCGUCUCCGUCCAGCCAUGAUUCACUUUUUCCGGCGACGGAGUUCAAUCUGCACCGCCUGGCUCUUCAAUGGAGCCAACCAAAUCCGCCCUACACAAAUCUGGAGGAGUCUUUGUGAAUUGCCAGAAAAUAUUGAAGAUUCGUCGUGGAAGUCAAUGGAGAGGUCGCCGGCUAAUUACGUGCCGUUGUCGCCGGUGAGCUUUCUGGAGAGAGCUGCCAAGGUUUACAGAGAUCGAACUUCAGUUGUCUAUGGUUCUGCUCAAUUCACUUGGAAACAGACUCACUUGAGGUGUGUAAAGCUGGCUUCCGCCCUCGCUCACUUGGGCGUUUCUCGCGGCGAUGUGAUAGCGAUAUUGGCCCCUAACAUACCUGCAAUGCAAGAGCUGCAUUUCGCAGUGCCUAUGGCGGGAGCAGUCAUCUGCACGUUGAACACGCGCCACGAUUCAUCCAUGAUCUCGACCCUGCUCCGCCACUCGGAAGCCAGGAUCAUCUUCGUUGAUCACCAGUUGCUCCACACUGCUCAGGGCGCGUUUGAUCUUCUAGCAAAGGACACACUCAAACCCCCACUCCUCGUCUUGAUUCCUGACCCCAACUCCCCGUCUCCCUCCGCCUCCAUCCCCGACCACACUCACGAAUACGAGACUCUCCUGGCCGGGGGAGACGCUUCAUACAAAGCCAGGCGGCCUAGAACCGAAUGGGAUCCGAUCAGCGUGAACUACACCUCCGGCACAACGUCUCGCCCCAAGGGGGUCGUCUACAACCACAGAGGCGCGUAUCUGAAUGCCCUAGCGACCUUGUCUAUUCAUGGGAUGAGCUCGAUGCCUGUCUACCUCUGGACAGUGCCGAUGUUCCACUGCAACGGAUGGUGCCUCAUUUGGGGGCUGGCAGCGGUGGGUGGCACUAACAUCUGCCUACGCCGUGUCUCCCCUAAAGAAAUAUUCGACACUGUUGCUGCAAAACAUGUCACCCACAUGGGAGGGGCUCCAACGGUGUUGAACAUGAUCAUAAACUCCCCUGACCGGAAGCCGCUGCCUCGCAAGGUUGAGAUCAUGACCGGCGGCUCACCACCGCCUCCCUCGAUUCUAGAGAGGAUCGAGGAGCUCGGAUUCAGAGUGUCGCACUUGUACGGACUCACAGAAACUUAUGGGCCGGCCACGUCGUGUCUGUGGAAGCCCGAGUGGGACUCGUUGCCUCGCGAGGAGCAGUACCGGCUCAAGGCGAGACAGGGAGUGGAGCAUUACGCCCUCGAGGAAGUCGAUGUGAGGGAUCCGGUGACGGUGGAGAGUGUGCCUGCGGAUGGCGCAACAAUGGGCGAGAUAAUGUUUAGAGGCAACACUGUGAUGAGUGGGUACCUGAAAGAUGUGAAAGCCACGGAGGUGGCUUUUGCAGGGGGGUGGUUCAGAACCGGCGAUCUUGGCGUGAAGCACGACGACGGCUACAUAGAGGUGAAGGACAGAUUGAAGGAUGUGGUGAUCUCCGGUGGCGAGAACAUAUGCACCGUGGAGGUUGAGACGGUGCUGUAUCGUCAUCCGGCAGUUCUUGAGGCUGCGGUCGUCGCGAGACCGGAUGAUCACUGGGGGCAGACGCCCUGCGCCUUUGUGAAGUUGAAGGAUGGGUUUGAGGUUAGUUGUGAGGAGAUAAUGGAGUUUUGCAGAGAACGUUUACCUCAUUAUAUGGCGCCAAAGACUGUUGUUUUCGAGGAUUUACCAAAGACCUCAACAGGUAAGAUUCAGAAAUUCAUUCUCAGGGAGAAAGCAAAGGCCCUGCCCCAUCUUUCUUCAGCUUCAUCUCAUUGAGAGAGAGAGAGAGAUUUCUAGAACUGGACAAUUAACUUGAAAGAAUUCUAUAAAUCUAUGUUCAGUUUAAAAGCGUGAAAGUCUAAAGCUCUGUUCUCGUAAAGUGAUCACCUAGUUUCGAAGAGAUUGAGGGGAUGUUUGGUUUUAUUUUCAUCUCAAAUUUCCAAUUUCGUGCA